CUAGUCUUCUCUGUGCUUUAAACAUUGAUACCAGGAAGCACCUCAGAAGACUGGUGUUGCUCUAGUUGGUGAUCAACCUCUCAAGUGCGUUGAGUCAUGCACCUUGGCUUGUCUUUUAAAUUUUCUUGAACGUGCAGUUUUCCUAAGCUCGCAUGCGGUUUUGUCCAUCUGGGUGAUUUGACUUUUUUUUUUUUUUUACUUUUCGUCCUGAAUCAAAAACCACCCUCAUUACUUGCAGCAAAACUGGCUAUUGUUGACCCUCUUUAGCAGGGUGAUAUUAGUCGUUGGGGCUAUUCUUUCUCUUAGAAGCCAUUGAAGAAGGAAGAACACACUUUGAUUGACUGAAACCUACAGAGACAGGACCAUGGAAGAGACAUUUGUACCAUUUCGAGGAAUCAAGAAUGACCUUAAAGGAAGACUAAUGUGUUACAAACAAGAUUGGACCGGUGGCUUUAGAGCAGGCUUCAGGAUUCUGGCUCCCACCACAUAUAUAUUUUUUGCUUCUGCAAUACCGGUCAUUUCAUUUGGAGAACAAUUGGAGCGAAAUACUGAGGGAGUUCUGACAGCCGUUCAAACCUUAGCAUCCACUGCCCUUUGCGGGAUUAUACACUCGAUCAUUGGAGGUCAACCUUUGUUGAUUUUAGGUGUUGCGGAACCCACUGUGAUUAUGUACACAUUCUUGUUUAAUUUUGCUAAAGAGAGACCAGACUUGGGCCGGAAUCUGUUUCUAGCAUGGUCUGGAUGGAUAUGUGUCUGGACAGCAUUAUUGCUGUUCUUACUGGCCAUCUUAGGAGCUUGCUCCAUUAUCAAUAGGUUUACCCGUGUGGCAGGAGAAUUAUUUGGUCUGCUAAUAGCAAUGCUCUUCAUGCAGCAAGCUAUAAAAGGACUUGUAGAAGAGUUUCGAAUCCCGAAGAGAGAAAAUACAAAUUUAACUGAGUUCAUACCUUCAUGGAGAUUUGCAAAUGGCAUGUUUGCUUUGGUUCUGUCAUUUGGCCUUCUUAUAACUGCAUUAAGAAGCCGGAAGGCAAGGUCAUGGCGAUAUGGUUCUGGUUGGCUUCGAAGCCUAAUAGCAGAUUAUGGUGUACCGCUUAUGGUGUUAGUUUGGACAGCUGUUUCUUACAUACCAACCAGCAGUGUUCCAAAAGGGAUCCCACGGCGCCUCUUCAGCCCAAAUCCAUGGUCACCUGGUGCAUAUGAUAAUUGGACCGUCAUUAAGGAUAUGCUGGAUGUUCCUGUUCUCUACAUAAUUGGAGCUUUCAUUCCUGCAACAAUGAUUGCUGUGCUUUACUAUUUUGACCAUAGUGUAGCAUCUCAACUUGCUCAGCAGAAGGAGUUCAACCUGAGAAAGCCGUCUUCUUACCAUUAUGACUUGCUUCUGUUGGGAUUUCUGACCUUGUUAUGUGGUCUGAUUGGAAUCCCUCCAGCAAAUGGAGUUAUCCCACAAUCUCCAAUGCAUACAAAGAGUUUGGCUACUCUCAAACACCAGUUGCUUCGCAAUAGACUGGUUGCAACAGCCCGCAAAAGUAUGAGAAAAAAUGCUAGCUUGGGACAGCUGUACGGGAAUAUGCAAGAAGCCUAUCGACAAAUGCAGACCCCUUUGAUCUACCAGGAGCACUCAACUCGGGAACUAAAGGAAUUAAAAGAAUCGACCAUUCAAGCUGCGACUAGUAUGGGACACAUGGAUGCCCCAGUUGAUGAGACAGUCUUUGAUAUCGAAAAGGAAAUUGAUGAUCUGCUACCUGUUGAGGUCAAGGAGCAGCGCGUCAGUAACUUGCUUCAAGCUAUAAUGGUGGGAGGAUGCGUUGCAGCCAUGCCUUUCCUCAAAAUGAUCCCAACCUCAGUUCUAUGGGGCUACUUUGCAUUCAUGGCAAUUGAAAGUUUACCAGGGAACCAAUUCUGGGAAAGAAUCUUAUUGCUCUUCACGGCACCUAGCCGAAGAUACAAAGUUCUUGAGGAGUACCAUGCUACGUUUGUGGAAACAGUGCCUUUCAAGUCCAUAGCAACGUUCACCAUUUUCCAAACAACUUAUCUUCUCAUAUGUUUUGGACUAACAUGGGUUCCAAUUGCUGGACUUAUGUUUCCUCUAAUGAUCAUGCUUUUAGUUCCUGUAAGGCAGUACUUUCUGCCCAAAUUUUUCAAAGGAGCCCACCUUCACGACUUGGAUGCGGCAGAGUAUGAAGAGGCACCAGCUUUACCAUUUAACCUUGCAACAGAGGGAGAGCUGGGUGCUGGAGCAUCCCAUAUAGAUGAAGGAGAGAUUUUAGAUGAAGUUAUCACAAGAAGCCGGGGUGAGUUCAGGCAUGUUAGUAGUCCUAAGGUCACAAGCUCCACCCCAACGCCAGAAAAUGGCCCUAAAAGCCUUCAGAGCUCGAACUCUACAUACAGUCCUCGUGUCGGUGAGCUUAGAGGGGAGCAAAGUCCCCGUUCUAGUGGUAGAGGACAUAGUCCAGGGACUGGAGAAGUGAGAUUAUCUAAUCUUGGAAAGAGUCCUAACACCUCAUCAAAAUAGGGGGGAGAAAUAGACUUUAAGACUAGUGUUAUCUUUAACCUUUGUAAGAAGUUUUCAAUUGCUUGUUCAUUUCCAUAUUGCCGUCUGCUUUGCUUUUUUUGGCUGGGGCAUUGUAAAGCUGCCUUCUUUGUACUCCCCUGCUUCAACAAGAUAUAUAUAUAUAUAUAUAGACACACACACACAUAUUUAACGGUGUAGUUGUGCCAGAUGAGUGUAUUUUUUCAGUUGUCUGUUACAUAACCGAUAUGAGUCUCAAAUACAACCAAUGAAGGAUUUCCUCAACACUAAUAGAUAAAAUUGCAAAUACAGUAUAGAUCUUGGCUAUGCAACUUGUUUAAGGAAAUACUUUUCUGGCUGAGAUUCGCCCUCUUUAUGUGACAUCCACAAGAGUCCAACAGCAGAAUCAAUGAGAAACUGCACUGUGCGCAUACUAUUGAGAAAAUGAAAAAAGGUGCCUCCGGAACAGUUGGGAAACAAAAGCAACGGACACGAGUUUUCCCAGCAAGCACUUCAAGUGAAUUGAACUGGAGACGAGGGGUCCUACAUCCUUAAUUGCAGUGUUGUUUUCAUGGCAUUGACUAGGCGGUAUUCAUGCCUCUCCAUUAAUGAAGUCAGGUCCCUUUCGAAUGAUUUCCUGAUGUCUGUCUUUAUGUCCGAUUCAAAGGUUGGAGAAUGGCAAAAACAAAGCUCAAUAACGUUUUGUUUGUGUCCAAAAGAAAGUAGCUUGACAUCAUCCAUGAGAAGAAACCAGACUUUCAUGAUUUUUGCUGAGAUGGGACAUCUUAGUUGACCAUAACCAGCUGUGAUCUGUGCGUGAUCAGUUCUACUUGCAACUGAACCUUCAAUCUGAUAUCACAGAAAGUACCAAGAGUUGCAUCAACUGCUGGUAGUGCAUUCCCAUGCUAUGGACGUUGACAUAAAGAUCCAAGCUUUAUUAAAACUGAUUUGCAUGGAUGAUGCUGACAACUGCACAAUCUAUAUUUGCCUCUCUUAUUAAAAAGGUUGUCCGAUCCUAAAGCUACAUCAUAGUCUCGUGUGUGUAUAUGGUUAAUGCAGAAAGAUGAAAAGAUGGCCUAUGGAUGGAAGUUUAAAAGAUGUAUUUUCCUUAUUUAAUGAAGCAUUAUAGUAUAAAAAAAUGAAGCUACGUGCCUAAA